AGGAAGGAAGGAAAAAGAGAAGGAAGGGUCCCUACUUCAACUUCUUUUACGGAGUAAAAAAGACCUAUAGAGACAGUCAUGGCUCAUCAUUUUCAGGACUGAUUGUAUCAUACUUGACUCAUUUGUUAGAAUUCACUUGAAGGAAACGCAGAGAUUUUUUUCUUCGCUCACAUUCAGGAGCUGUGCUUGCUUAUAAUGAACUGUCAUGAUGGAGGCUGGCCCAUUUCAGCUCUGAGCCCCGUCAAGCUAAACUCACUUCCCCUGAAAGGACAGUGUUUGCGUUUGUGUUUACGGGACUGGGGAGGAGGAUGCGUUUUCAGGAGCCCUGAAAACCGAGCCAACCCCCUUUUCCUGCCCCCCCGUGCUGCGAUUGGCCCAUCCUGGAGGCUGGCUAUAGGAGCCUUUAGUCAUCGCACAGGGAAAUCUUUCUGGAACCGGGCACCAACUUGCGUGUUUGUUUUCAUGCUCUUUGUGCGGGGAUUAGCUGUCGUGCCGGGCCUGAAAAUGCUGCGAGCGCUGGGCGACAUCUAAUCCAGGAUUUGCCUCUGCCUCGCGGUUGAUGGAAAACAGAUGUCUCACUGCUCUGGGCCUGAGCACAGAAUGAAAAUGACCGACCAGAGAGCCAUUUGGAGCCGACGACAGCCGGUGAAGGCCCUUCAGAGUCCAGCCAGGAGGCCGACUUUCCUCCUCUGGUCUGUUUUUACUACUUGAGCCGCUCGCUCCGAAAACGGCCUUGGAUAAAGCAGUUUCACCUUCAGAUCGCCUGGGGCUGCAGAAGCGCCGCUGCGGGGGAGGAAAGAGGAGGCGGAGAGGAGCGGGUGCGAAGUCCUGGGUCGCCCGCCCGCCGCCUGAUGUCGUGAGCGAGGGUACCUCGGCCCUGGCUGGGGGCGCAGCGAGGCCCAGGCCCGAGGGGUGAGGCCCAGUCCCCUCCCGAGCGCGCACUGUUCCUGCGAAGCGAGUCUCCGUCUCGCACAGCAGCGUGCAGGGUCAAAGACAGCCGGCCCCCCAUGUCAGUGGUCUAGGAUGGCCAGUGAAGGCACCAACAUCCCAAGUCCUGUGGUGCGCCAGAUUGACAAGCAGUUUCUGAUUUGCAGUAUAUGCCUGGAACGGUACAAGAAUCCCAAGGUUCUCCCCUGUCUGCACACUUUCUGCGAGAGGUGUCUGCAGAACUACAUUCCUGCCCACAGUUUAACCCUCUCCUGCCCAGUGUGCCGCCAGACCUCCAUCCUGCCCGAGAAAGGGGUGGCCGCGCUCCAGAACAAUUUCUUCAUCACAAACCUGAUGGAUGUGCUGCAGCGAACUCCAGGCAGCAACGUUGAGGAGUCUUCCAUCCUGGAGACAGUCACUGCUGUGGCUGCGGGAAAGCCUCUGUCUUGCCCAAACCACGAUGGGAAUGUGAUGGAAUUUUACUGCCAGUCCUGUGAGACUGCCAUGUGUCGGGAGUGCACGGAGGGGGAGCACGCGGAGCACCCCACAGUUCCACUCAAGGAUGUGGUGGAACAGCACAAGGCCUCGCUCCAGGUCCAGCUGGAUGCUGUCAACAAAAGGCUCCCAGAAAUAGAUUCUGCUCUUCAGUUCAUCUCGGAAAUCAUUCAUCAGUUAACCAACCAAAAGGCCAGCAUCGUGGAUGACAUUCAUUCCACCUUUGAUGAGCUCCAGAAGACUUUAAAUGUGCGCAAGAGUGUGCUGCUUAUGGAAUUGGAGGUCAACUAUGGCCUCAAACACAAAGUCCUCCAGUCGCAGCUGGAUACUCUGCUCCAGGGGCAGGAGAGCAUUAAGAGCUGCAGCAACUUCACAGCGCAGGCCCUCAACCAUGGCACGGAGACCGAGGUCCUGCUGGUGAAGAAGCAGAUGAGCGAGAAGCUGAACGAGCUGGCCGACCAGGACUUCCCCUUGCACCCGCGGGAGAACGACCAGCUGGAUUUCAUCGUGGAAACCGAGGGGCUGAAGAAGUCCAUCCACAACCUCGGGACGAUCUUAACCACCAACGCCGUUGCCUCAGAGACGGUGGCCACGGGCGAGGGGCUGCGGCAGACCAUCAUCGGGCAGCCGAUGUCCGUCACCAUCACCACCAAGGACAAAGACGGUGAGCUGUGCAAAACCGGCAACGCCUACCUCACCGCCGAACUGAGCACCCCCGACGGGAGCGUGGCAGACGGGGAGAUCCUAGACAACAAGAACGGCACCUAUGAAUUUUUGUACACUGUCCAGAAGGAAGGGGACUUUACCCUGUCUCUGAGACUCUAUGACCAGCACAUCCGAGGCAGCCCGUUUAAGCUGAAAGUGAUCCGAUCCGCUGAUGUGUCUCCCACCACCGAAGGCGUGAAGAGGCGUGUUAAGUCCCCGGGGAGCGGCCACGUCAAGCAGAAAGCUGUGAAAAGACCCGCAAGCAUGUACAGCACUGGAAAACGAAAAGAGAAUCCCAUCGAAGACGAUUUGAUCUUUCGAGUGGGUACCAAAGGAAGAAAUAAAGGAGAGUUUACAAAUCUUCAGGGGGUAGCUGCAUCUACAAGUGGGAAGAUAUUAAUUGCAGACAGUAACAACCAAUGUGUGCAGAUAUUUUCCAAUGAUGGCCAGUUCAAAAGUCGUUUUGGCAUACGAGGACGCUCUCCAGGGCAGCUGCAGCGGCCCACAGGAGUGGCUGUACAUCCCAGUGGGGACAUAAUCAUUGCCGAUUAUGAUAAUAAAUGGGUCAGCAUUUUCUCUUCCGAUGGGAAAUUUAAGACAAAAAUUGGAUCAGGAAAGCUGAUGGGACCCAAAGGAGUUUCUGUGGACCGCAAUGGGCACAUUAUUGUUGUGGACAACAAGGCGUGCUGCGUGUUUAUCUUCCAGCCAAACGGGAAAAUAGUCACCAGGUUUGGUAGCCGAGGAAAUGGGGACAGGCAGUUUGCAGGUACACUCGAUGGUCCCCAUUUUGCAGCUGUAAAUAGCAAUAAUGAGAUUAUUAUUACAGAUUUCCAUAAUCAUUCUGUCAAGGUGUUUAAUCAGGAAGGAGAAUUCAUGUUGAAGUUUGGCUCAAAUGGAGAAGGAAAUGGGCAGUUUAAUGCUCCAACAGGUGUAGCAGUUGAUUCAAAUGGAAACAUCAUUGUGGCCGACUGGGGAAACAGCAGGAUCCAGGUUUUUGAUGGGAGUGGAUCAUUUUUGUCCUACAUUAACACAUCUGCUGACCCACUCUAUGGCCCCCAAGGCCUGGCCCUAACUUCAGAUGGUCAUGUUGUGGUUGCAGACUCUGGAAAUCACUGUUUCAAAGUCUAUCGAUACUUACAGUAAUGGUGGGCAGCUGGAUACGCACUUCCAAGGUCUUGCACUAUAAACUGGAAUGGAUUUCUCAAUGCGGGACCAGAUUAUGACUAGAGUUUUUAUGCCAGAAGGAAUCAUUGGUGAACUUUCCAAGGUUAUUUCUGAAUGUAACAAUUUCCUUAAAAAUUGCUUAUCCAAUUUCUGUAUUUCACCUUUAGGGUUAAAAAAAAAAACUCUUCUACUGAAUCUAUAAAAACUGCAGUUUUACAUCUGUGAACUAUGGCUUAAGGGACAGGAUUUAUGUAGCUAAACUAAUUUUGCAAAUCAAACAGACACUUAAAAAAACUAGCAUAUGUAAAGGUAUUUGUUAAUCCUGUGAAUGAUAAUGGUAGCUUUUGCACAGAACUUCCAAAAGCAAAACAAAAACAAAAUCUAUUGUAGUUAUAUACUUCAUUUAACCUAGGUCACAAGACCCAGGCAAUCUUCUAACCUCACUUUUACAGUAGGUAUUACUCUUGUGACAUUUUUUUGGUUAUCAACAACUACAUAUAAAUUACUUUAGAAAAAGUAAGGCUGUCUUGCAAAAUGAUCCCAGCUCUGAUUAGCAGGCCUCUGGAGUUCAGAACUUAAGAAUCAGUGCAAAUUUCUCAACCUUUCUGGGUUAGACAAAGAUCCUUUUUUGUGUGUUCUUUUCACCACCCCUUUGGCUCACCUUGUAUCAGAAAACAAAGUACUUCUUCAGGGAAACCUGAAAUUUCUAAUGUUUUGAAAAGCAUAUUACAAAAGUAAUGCUACCUUUUGGGAAACAAACUGCCCUGUUAACUCCAGAUCAUUGCACUGGAAUGUAAUCAAGAAAAAGUUAGUCAUGUUUUAUGUACCAUGUUUUCACACGUGUCUCUUCUCUUCGACUUCAUGAAAGCGAAAGCUUUACCUCUUGCAAAUGUCGGCACAUGUAGUAGGACACCAGUAUCCUAGGACAGAGAGCCAUAAGUAGCCCUUUGGAGGACUGAUGGUGUCAACCAAAGGCACGUGAUUGAUUAAUGAUUUCCCCUUAGAAAGCAAGUGUUACCAAAGUUGUGUUAUCUUGAAAGCAUUACAGGUAAGGGCAUGUUAUGGUUAUUUAUCAUUGUUUAAUGAAUAGUAGAGGUGUCAAGGGACUAUGUAUACAUGAUUAGGGUAAGAUAGAAUGUAUUAUAUAUAUAUAUAUACACACACAUAUAUAUAGCUGAAUCUUUGGUGUAUUGAAAUAGGCAGCACUCUGAAAGACAGAAGCUUCGUCCAGCCAUUCUUCAGCACAUUCCUUUACUAAGCAGUUUAAAGCCGUCCUAGUGGAGCAAGCCCUAAAGCAGAUUUAAUUUUUGCCAUUUUCCAAGAAUGACGGUGGUGGCUGACUUUUAGUCAGAAAAUGGCCUUCUGUGCUUUCAAAAAAAAAAAAAAAACACACACACAAAAACCCAACAGGUCAAAAUAAAAGUUGAACUUGAGUUAUAUUUAAUUUAAAUAUAAAUGCAUUUUGAGAAACGUUAAGAACUAUUUAGUCAAUCGUUCAUCUGUCAUUGGUACUGUAAAAUAAGCUGUGGUCUAUUUCCACUGUUUAAUUUUCUACUCAGUUCUACCAAAUAGGAUGUCAUGUUUGACAUUUUCGAUAGUGACUUUGGGGUCUUCUUCACUGAAAGCACCUUAGAACUGUACUAUAAGAAAACAUUUCCCCUAUGUAUAAUUAUAUGAAUGUGAUGUUUAUUGCUUAUUAAUUUAUAAUUCAGUCAUUCUCUAUAUAGGACUUCUUAAAAUUUAGAAGGGAAAUCUAGCUACUUCAAAUUGUCUAUUAAAUUUAUUAUGCCCAAAUCAACCUCUGAAAAAAGGUUUUUCCAGGAAGAUUUACAUUUAGGUUUAAUAUUUUUUUAGUUAGGUAGAGUUUUAAAAAAUAUUUGAGCCUGUCUGUGAUAAAGCUAUAAAAUUCAAUAACUUUUUAGAAUGUUAAAUGAAGACACUGUUUCCUAACAUCAGUGAGAUACAUCUUUGAAUUUAAACAUUCAUAUUUACUGAGUACCUACUAGGUACCAAGUACUCUUUUAAGCACUGGAAAUACAGUGAUGGACAAAACAGGUAAAAAUCGCUGCCCCCUCAGAGCUGACAUUCUGGGGUGGGAAUUUCAUUUUGCCAUGUACUAACAUUCUGCACAAAAGACAGGCUAGACUCUUGUCUAGAUUGUUUAAAAGAAACUUUUUAAAUUGGUUACAUUAAUUUUAGUUUAUUUUCACAAGUAAAAAUGGCUUUCUAUUUAGAUUCCUUCUGUCCCUGGCUGUUGAUCUUAAAACUAGUUGAUUUAAAGAGGUUUUUUGCACAAAAUUUAAAUUAUAUUUGUGAACUUAGAAAUUAACUUACAGUCUAACCAGCCAUCAUAUCAUAUCCUAUCAGGCUAGAUAUCUCAAUAGUAGACUGAAUACAAAGCUAAUUUUUUUACAUGUCAAUAUUGGCACAAACUGGAAUGAAAGAAUAGUUUGAUUCAGACCUGCUCCACUAUGUGUUGCUAAAACACACGCUAUGGGCACUCCAGGAAACACUAUACUUUUUCCAAAAAAUAUGUGAUUAUAUAUGUUAAAGUAUAGAUAACAUUUCACACUUGGAUACAUAUGUGCAUUUACUGUAUUUCUUGGUAAGCAUAUUUUUGGGGGAAAGUGCUGCUGAUAUGAUACAAGUAGACAAAAUUUAAAUGAAAUUUUGUCACAUUCUAUGGAAAAUGGUUUCUGGUAAACUGAGAAGGAUAUUAAAAUAAGUGGCUUUUUUCUGGGCUACCAUUAUUGUUUGAUUUCUCUUUGUCAAGUGUAUAGAACCUGUCAUACAUUCAUGAUAAGUAGCACUGAAAAAUUACUCAUUCAAAUUUCCCCUGGGCACGUAAGGCAAAAUAUUGCUGGUUGGGAUUUCAAGGUCAGUGACGAUGCAUUUCCUCCCGGUACAGACCCCCAGCCCCCCUUGCUGGACAUGGGGAGGCAGAGAGUCACUUGACCAUCCAGAAAUACAUGACUACAAGUCCUUUAUGACUGUUUGCCAUUUUUUUAAUGGUACUUAGUAUUUUGAUCAAACUUUAGUCUCCAGAACUAAACAAGUCCCUAAGUUUCCUUAUUUUAAUUUACUGUGACUAGAUUUGAGGCAAAUAAAUACUCCAGAUCCAUGCAGCUAGAACACACUUGCUUCCACUACUAAAUAUACAGGGUAUGUCCUAACAUGGAGUUAACUGGAAUAGCAGUACACUAGCAAGUAUCUGUGACUCCUUAGCACUGAAGGGUUAACAGAAAUGCUUUGGUAAUACCUACUUAGUUAAUUGGAGGAAGUAGUAAAUAAACAUUAGGUAAUCUGCAGAUUACUUCAAAUGGGAAAAAUCUUUUUGUAGACUCUAUAGUAUCCUCUCUAUUCACUAGCUUCUGAAAAGGGAGGAGUAUUUUUAGUUUGAUAAUUUAAUAAUUUAAAAACAAGACAUCUCCAGGUAGGAAAAAAUGAAAGCUAUUUCAUGCAAACAUUAUCUAAUUUAGCUUAAAAGCAAAAGUGGUAAUACUGUUGGUUUCUGUAAAUUGUUGCAGGGUUUUAAACUUUAUAAUUACUUUAAUAUUUUUGAUAACUAGAAAUCUAGUAUUGCCAUAAAGGAAACUAAGUGCCCAUCAAAGAUUUGUUUGGUAUAAAUAAAGAAUUAUUUGUUUUGUUUUCAAUGACAGUAAGCUACAAAUCAUGAUGCUUAAAAACUUUCUAAAGAUGAAUUGUGUGGCAGUGAUUGUGUGGUCUGUUUGUGGAGAAUGUAUGAAAGCUAUUAAUAUUCUAGAAUAGAUUAAUAAAUUGGCUAUGUUGUUCCAAUGAAUGUACAGCACUUCCAUUAACUUUGAAAGCAACACAGCCUUAAACUCAAUGCUUUUGCUUUAUGACAUGGGAAUGUUCUGUCAUCAAUGGAGUGUAUUCUUGUACUAGAAUUCUUUAUAUCGUUCUCAAUUCUAUAGACUUUCAAGCCUAUGUAUGAAUAUGAAGGGUUUUUUUUUGCUUUGUUUUCUUUUUAGAUUUUGUACAUUCCAUCUUUAUAGGUCUGUUUCAUAUGUUUUAUGUAUAGAACACUAAGUCUUGCACUCUCUGACAUUGAUACUGAUAUAUUCUCGUCAUUUGUUCUUUUAUGAAUCAAAAUGUUGACUGCCUAUUUAAAGAAAAGAAUGAACGCUGUGCAUCAAAGUGUUUGUAUGUUCGUAGCUACAUACGUACCACAGUAUUUUGGAUGCUUUAGUCUACAAUGAAACUUUCAAUUAAUUCUGUCUUGAAACAUAGGAGAAACAGGAUUCAUGUGUAUCUCUUUACCAUGCACAAAAUCUCAAAUCAUUAUAAUAAAGCUUGUUUUCUCCA